AUGUUGUUUAAGGAGGGUCUGAAAUUGUUUGAGGUCUCAGAUGUCGUCGUGCUUGAUGACAACACGAAUGUGUGUGCCAAGAACUUGAUGGGUUAUCCGUCCGAGUUGAAGAUGCCCGCUGGCACGAAGGAGUAUUACACCGUCACGCCUGCGGAGGAGCGUACGUACUUUCCCGGUCGGUGCGCAUACGUGAUAUUGCAGAAAGAAGACGCAAGGCCUUUGUGUUUGGGCACAUUUGGCGUGCUUGUAUACUAG